AUGGAACCGAGACGGAAAACAUCGGAAACCCAUACAAACCAGCCGGUUCCAUGUCGGAAAGCAACUGGAAAGCAACGGAACUUUACCGGUUCUUUGGCGCCGUAUUCCGGCCGGACUUCAUGCGGAACUUUCCGAUCUGUUCCAAUCAUUCCCGCCAGUCAGAGUCGCUAUCAUUAUGUCGUAUUCCUACCAGCGGAUCCUCAUGCAAUCAUAAAUGACUACUUGCUACCCGUUCCAGCCGUAGCCUUUGGCCGGAUUCACACUGUUCCUUAG